CGAAACUACCCGGACGAAAUAAAGGUGCGACUUGUGCAACAUUCUUAUACCCACUGAAAGUACCGACACGUCUGUAGUGUUUUAGUCGACACGUCUCUUGCUCGAAGCUGUUCAGAAGAAGCUAGUGCUAUGGUGGAGAUUCAGCAGUAAUGUCUGAAGCUGCUUUAGAGGAGGUCUCAGUUUUACCGUCCAUUUACUGCGGACAAGGGGAGUUCCGGCUCAUCCAGCAGUCUGCUGAGGAUGGCCUCCUGGUCCAAAUCAACAGCACUGUUGGAGGAGAAACAGGACUGGAUGUGAGCCUGCUGUUCAAUCUGCACCCCCACUACCCUUGCUGUCCCCCCAACAUCUCUGUCUCCUCCACUCGUCUUUCCAGGACCCAGUGUCACAGCAUCAGACAAAAGCUGCUGGAUCAAGCUGCAGCCUUACCAUCAGAGCCAAUGGUUUAUAAGCUAGUAGAGUGUCAGUGUAAGGAGCUAGCAGAGGAGUGCACAGGAGGCGAGAAGGAGGUGAAACAGAGAGAAGAAGAGGAAUGGACUGCAGUGCUGCUAUUGGACCACAUCCGAUCUAGAAAUCGUUAUGUUGGACGACUGGAGCAAUGGACCCAGCAGCUGCAGCUGGCUGGGAGGUUACUACUGGGUCGAAGUAUACUGAUUAUUUUGCAGGGAGCCAGAGCUGACAUCAAGGAGUUUUGCCACCGGUUGAAGUCUGUAAAGGUGGACGUGGAUUCCUCAGGCAAGAAAUGCAAAGAGAGGAUGAUGAAGGUUCUUAUUGAGUCCCCUUCAGCUUUCUGUUGUGGACACAGUCUCCAGGGUUUUGUAGUGAAGAACUACCAAUCAUUAGCAGAGCUGACUGCAGCCUUCCAGGACCUGCACAUGACUGAGCUUUACCAGAAGAUACUGCCAUCAUUAAGUGACUGAGAGUAAACAGGUCAGCAAAGUGAUGGAACCUAGACUGAGAGGAAUCUUGACAAAUCCAGACUGAGCAAGCACUGCCUGAAGGGAGGAACAGAUACUCACAGGAAGAAAGCAACUGUUAAAAGCCUCCUCUCUUUACACAAUGACAGCACACAGAUAUCGGUGUUGUAGCAUCACAACAGACACACUGAGGCUCUGAUGUCUAAUCAAAAUAACUUUUUUUUUUCUUACGUUUAUUUUGACUCCAAUUAAAUUAUCAUUGUGGGACUGAUAAGGAUAAUCACCUUUAUUGGCCAAGUAUGUUACACACAAGGAAUUUGUUUCCGGUACA